CUGGAGAGUUGUCGGCUGGAAAUGGCGGCCGCAGGCUUGGUUGCUGUGGCCACGGCUGCAGAGUACUCUGGCCAAGUAGCAUCGGGAGGUAACCUCUCCGGUGUUAACUGCGGCCCAAGCUCCGGGACAGGCCCUGGUCCUGGCCCGGGUUCGUGGAGCCGCUCCCUCGAUCGAGCGCUGGAGGAGGCGGCAGUGACCGGGGUGCUGAGCCUGAGCGGCCGGAAACUGAGGGAGUUUCCCCGGGGAGCGGCCAACCACGACCUGACGGACACCACCCGGGCGGAUCUGUCACGAAAUCGUCUCUCAGAAAUUCCCAUAGAAGCAUGUCAUUUUGUUUCUCUUGAGAAUCUCAACUUAUAUCAAAAUUGUAUUCGGUAUAUACCAGAGGCAAUUCUAAACCUACAGGCUCUGACAUUCUUAAAUAUUAGUCGGAACCAACUGUCAACAUUACCAGUGCACUUGUGUAAUUUACCAUUGAAAGUCUUAAUUGCUAGUAAUAACAAAUUGGUGUCACUUCCAGAAGAAAUUGGACAUCUCAGACAUUUAACAGAACUUGAUGUGAGCUGCAAUGAAAUUCAAACAAUACCUUCCCAAAUUGGUAAUUUGGAGGCCUUGAGAGACCUUAAUGUAAGAAGAAACCACUUAGUACGUUUGCCUGAAGAGCUGGCAGAGCUGCCUUUGAUACGGUUAGACUUCUCCUGCAAUAAAAUUACAACAAUCCCUGUUUGUUAUCGGAACCUCAGGCACCUACAGAUGAUCACCCUAGAUAACAAUCCACUACAGUCUCCUCCUGCACAGAUAUGUAUAAAAGGCAAAAUCCACAUAUUUAAGUACCUGAACAUACAGGCUUGUAAGAUUGCUCCAGAUCUGCCAGAUUACGAUAGGAGACCCUUGGGUUUUGGCUCCUGCCAUGAAGAACUGUACUCAGGUCGCCCUUAUGGAGCUCUUGAUUCAGGUUUCAAUAGUGUGGACAGUGGUGAUAAGAGAUGGUCAGGGAAUGAACCUACAGAUGAAUUUUCAGAUCUGCCUCUUCGAGUAGCAGAAAUCACUAAGGAACAAAGACUGCGAAGAGAAAGCCAGUACCAGGAGACUCGCAGCAGUUUAGUAGUAACAAAUGGUGGAGUGGAACAUGAUCUGGACCAGAUCGACUACAUCGACAGCUGUACUGCGGAGGACGAAGAGGAUGAGAUGAGACAGCCCAAGGGGCUGGAGCCAGACAGCCUCAGUUCCCAGUUUAUGGCGUAUAUUGAACAGCGGCGAAUCUCUCAUGAGGGUUCACCCAUAAAGCCAGUACCUCUGAGGGAGUUUCAAAAAACAGAGGACAUGAGAAGAUAUUCACAUCAAAACAGGGUUCCAGUUGAGCCAUCUUCUGUCACGUCACUAUCACCAAGUCACAAUCAGUUAUCACAUGCAGACUUGGAACUUCAUCGGAGAAGAGAACAGUUAGUAGAGCGAACUCGGAGAGAGGCCCAGCUUGCUGCCCUACAGUAUGAGGAGGAGAAAAUAAGGACCAAGCAGAUGCAGAGAGAUGCUGUCCUGGACUUUGUCAAGCACAAAGCGUCACAGAGUCCACAAAAACAGCAACCCCCCUUAGAUGAUGAGUGUCCCUUCCCAUCCAGAAGGUCUCAGCACACUGAUGAUAGUGCCUUGUUAGUGUCGCUGUCAGGGUUGAAUCAAGUGGGCUGUGCUGCUACCCUGCCUCAUUCUUCUGCCUUCAUGCCUAUUAAGAAUGAUGACAGAUCUAAUGCCAUCGCAAGUUCACCUACAACAGAAACAGUUCAUCAUUGCCCUGCAUAUUCUUUUCCUGCUGCUAUGCAGAGAAACCAGGCCCAGCGCCCUGAAAGCUUCCUUUUCCGAGCAGCUGUCGGGGCAGAAGCAAAUAAAGGUCAUGCUUCACCACUUCUUUCAUCUUCUGCACCUACCACUGAUUCUGCAGAUCCCAUAAUGAGACCAAAUUCAAGACCGAGAGAAGAAGAGCUGGAAUUAAUAGAUCAAUUACGGAAACAUAUCGAGUACCGGCUGAAAGUAUCACUGCCUUGUGAUCUUGGAGCAGCUCUAACUGAUGGUGUUGUUCUUUGCCAUUUGGCCAAUCACGUGCGGCCUCGAUCUGUCCCCAGCAUCCAUGUCCCUUCACCAGCUGUACCUAAAUUAACAAUGGCAAAAUGCAGGCGGAAUGUGGAGAAUUUCCUAGAAGCUUGCAGAAAAAUUGGUGUACCUCAGGAGCAAUUAUGUUUGCCUCUGCACAUUUUAGAAGAGAAAGGUUUGAGCCAGGUCGCAGUGACGGUGCAGGCUCUCCUGGAGCUUGCCCCCCCCAAGCAGCAGCACCACUUGUCUGCUGCGUGAGGACCCCCAGCACCUGGGCGCUGGCCCGGCCAACCCGGAGCAGGACGGGAUGCUGCUGCCAGCCGGCUGCUUGCGCAAAGCUCUUGCGUGCUCUUACGAGGGACUGUUUCCAUGAUUCCUAACAGGAAUAUGUUGCUUCAUUUCUCCAUUUUAGGGGAGGUUAUAUCCGUUUCCAUGGGACUGUUUUAGGAAGACACAGUUGGUUUUCACAAAUGAAACUUAAUUCUGCCAUUACUGAGAACCCGACACCGAAGCCUAAACUGGCUGUGCUUUCCUAGAGAGCAGGCCUGUCUCCCAUUCCAGGAAGAAAGCUUCUCAGAAGGAUAGUUAGCUUUCCUGAAAGCAGAGACAUGUUACUAUCUUUACCUGUUUCCUGUUUCUGGAACCCACUGGUUUCCAAAACUGGCUGUUCAUUAGAAUCUCCUGGAGCAUUUGUUAAAAUGUAGACUCUCAUUCCAGUAGGUCUAGAGCAGGGCCUGGGUAUCUGCAUUUUCAACUGACAUAGUGAGACCACUUUCCCAAGCUGGGUAUUUUUUUGUAUGAUGUCGAGAGUAAUGACUCCACUAUAUUUGUCAGCCUCAUUUAAAAUCCAAAGCUAUGUUAUGAUUACCUGGGACUGUCUGUCCAAGGCAAAACAAAUAUAAUGUAGAAGGCCUAGACUUUUGCAUAGUAAAGCAACGAGAGAGGUAAGUUAUAUUUAAGGCCAGUGUCUUAGGCCUUCCUCAGACUUCUGUCCGCCACCACCUAAAACUUGGUUCUCGUAUGUGACAUCCGAACAUUAUAAACAAGCACUCUACACACAGGUUCCAAACCCUUAGGAUGGUAACAGGCACUACUCAGCAUCAUUUUCACUGAGCUCCCCCCACGCUGCUCCCAGGAUACCGGACCUGCAAAUACCUUCCCCUCACGGCAGAUACACUUCCAGCUCCCUAACCAAUGGAAGAUUAUGAAAACAGAGCAGAAGGAGUAAAAGAGAAGCCAAGUUUCUUAAUUUCUUUCAAAUAACUGCCAGUUUCCAUGGCUGACUUAAAGCACCUGUGGCAUCUUCAAAAACCACGUGCUGUCUCUGUAGCUAGCUCGUCCAACUCUCCUGCUGGUGCCUUCUUCACUCAAUUGUGGGCCAAGCAAGAGGGCCCAAGGGCUCAUGGAGCACAAAGCCAGGAACCUUUGUUCAAGUGUAAGCCACUAAGGUCUUUCUUACCCUAACAUUUUGAACCCCUUUUAGUUGUCAGCAUAUCUUUUGGUAUUCACUGCCUUUAUAAACCACGUAAAUAAGAGUAAGUGAAGAUGCUAGUUAUCUGAGAUUUUUUGGGCUGUGAACUGUUCUGGACUUUCUUUACCAAUGCAUGCAUUUGAGCAAAAUGUUCUCUCUUUAUCAUGUAAAUGCAGCAUCUAAAAGUAACUGGAUAAAAUCAUGUUGAGUAUCUGGUCAAAAGAAUGUUUUCUCCCUGUUCUCACAGGGAAACAGAUUCAGCAGAACAUUCCACUUUGUCAAAGUUUAAAAUUAACAUAAAACAUCUGAUAUCAAAGCCCCACUGACCUUACAGAACAAAAGUAAAAUUUUUUUAACUGCUUAGAGCCAGACCCCGUUAUAUUUACAGUUCUAAACAGACCCACCAAUCAAAGCGACUUGUUUAGAAUUUAGCUGUGUGCAUUUUUAAACUAUAGGUAUUUCUCCUUCUAGUCAACAUUAAACCUCAGUACAAUUUCCGAAUAAUAGAAGCCAUUUGAAAUGAAACUCAGCAAAGAACAGGACUGUUUGUCACCUAUUAUGCAAGGAGUAAUCCCAGAAGACAUACAUAAUGCAACAUUUGGAAGAUUUGCAACUAUUUAUCCCAUAGGAAUAAGUGGAAAUUUCCACUUAUUUCACAUCUUAUACAUAACGUGCAACCUUAUUAAUGCAUUUUUAUCAAACUAAUGCAAAUUUAUAUUUGAAUUACUAGAAAAAAAUUGUGUACAGUUUUGGUUGAUAGUGAAAGAAAAAUAUCAAAUGUGUUGAAUUUCUUUUCUAAGUCAAGAUGCAAAAACAUUUCGUGAAUGCUUUUGCUAGAAAAUUUUUGUAUUCAGUGUUCUGUAUGUACCUUUUUUUUUUUUUAAUAAACUGGAAAGAAAAUUUAACAUUGAGCCCUGCUAGACUCCAGUGUAAGAUAAAGGUGCUGUAGUGGAUCUGGCUGACCACUUAUGAGCUUCCUACUGAAGCAGUGGCCGGCCCAGUGCGGAAGUAUGAACAAAGAGGCGGCUAAGUGCCCACCCAGCAGGGGCCCCUGGCAGCUGUGGAGACCAUAAGUCAGCAGGUUCUCUGGAAACAGCUUCUGGCUGGAGGGGCUGUUGUUUGGCUAGAACAGAAUAGGGGGCUUAUUAGGAGGUCACUCUCUUUAAUAGCUUUUUAAAAUACAGCCUCAUAGCUAACUAAGGAGUCUGUGAUUUCUCUUACUUGCUACAGCUCAGCAGUGACUAAUGACAUGUGACUAUGCUGAUGAGUAGGACAAAGUUUUAACAACUAAGUGCUUAAAAUGGUUAUAGAAAUGAAGGAAAACAUGGAUAUUUAGAAACUUUUUUAUAUACUUAUUGCAGUGAGAUGGUUUACAGCAGAUUUCAUUUUAUUUCUGAAAAUGUUGUAAACGUGUAAUUAGUAAAAGAUUUUGUAAAACAUUGUCCUAUAUUUGUAUGUCUGUAAAUAUAAUGCAUAAGUUCUAAGUAUAAAUAUGUCAAUAUCAUGUAUGUUAUUUUAAAUUGCCUGUAUGCCACCUUACUUGUUGACAUGAAAAUAAAAGCCAACACUUCAAUCGCAUGAAAUAAAGGCUGACUUGAAAAUGUU